GGCACCGCGCCUGGCACACCUGGUGUCUCAAUCAGGGAAAGAAAAAAACAGUGGAGGAGGAAACGGCAAGGUUGGAUUCAUUGCGAAGGCACACUGUACGAUAAGAAGCAAAAGGAAAAGCGGUUCUGUUGCGAAAAUCAGUGUCAGCCCUGGGUUUAGGGGAAGGUCCUCUCCACAAACGAACGGAAAACCUCCCCAGCCCCGAGCACCUCUGCAGAGGCACCCGGCCCACUGGAGGGCUGAGGGCGGAUAACCACGACACUGAAAACACUUUCCUGAGCGCGUUUCGGGGCUGAGGAAGAGGGAGGAUUACACGCAGCCCACUGGCUUUGCAACCUCGUCUGUAGUGGUGGAGUGAGUGCAAGUCCAGAAACCAACCAGACCGGCCUUGAAAUUCUGCCCUAACUUCAAAGCUGUGAUCCUCGGCAGGUUACUUUUAAUGCUUCUGAAUCUCUAUACAUGUAAAAUAGAGGUAUUGUAUUUGCUGCACAGGGUUGUGAAUAUUACGUGUGUGUUCGACAUGGAGCUAGGCACUCGGUGACGUUGGCUGUCGUUACCAGCAUUCACUGUUAUGAAUUUGCGGAAUACAGAAAAGCAUAAAUAGGUCGCCCUCAUCCUGCCUCUAUAACAGACCAUCUAGUCUUUGCUAUUCCCACUCAACAAGCUUUCCAGCUCUUGGCGUCAGCUCUAGACCUAAGGCGGACGGAGGAAGGGGUCGGGGUGUCGGAGGAACCCGCGCGCCUGGGAGCCCACGAGGGACCCUGCCCGGACCCGGAGUGCAGACCCCGAAGAGAACAGAGCCUCUUCCCGGCUUCCAGACGGCGCCUCCCCGCUUCCUACGAUGGGCUCGCGCAGCGCCCGGGGCAGGACCAAGGCUCCAGGCGCCUCCGAGAGCUUACAAUUGAGACUGCUAACCCCUACCUUUGAAGGGAUCAACGGAUUGUUGUUGAAACAACAUUUAGUUCAGAAUCCAGUCAGACUCUGGCAACUUUUAGGUGGUACUUUCUAUUUUAACACCUCAAGGAUGAAGCAGAAGAAUAAGGAGAAGGAUAAGUCGAAGGGGAAGGCGCCUGAAGAGGACGAAGAGGAGAGGAGACGCCGUGAGCGGGAAGACCAGAUGUACCGAGAGCGGCUGCGCACCUUGCUGGUCAUCGCGGUUGUCAUGAGCCUCCUGAAUGCUCUCAGCACCAGCGGAGGCAGCAUUUCCUGGAACGACUUUGUCCACGAGAUGCUGGCCAAGGGCGAGGUGCAGCGCGUCCAGGUGGUGCCUGAGAGCGACGUGGUGGAAGUCUACCUGCACCCUGGAGCCGUGGUGUUUGGGCGGCCUCGACUAGCCUUGAUGUACCGAAUGCAGGUUGCAAAUAUUGACAAGUUUGAAGAGAAGCUUCGGGCAGCUGAAGAUGAGCUGAAUAUCGAGGCCAAGGACAGGAUCCCGGUUUCCUACAGGCGAACAGGAUUCUUUGGAAAUGCCCUAUAUUCCGUGGGGAUGACGGCAGUGGGCCUGGCCAUCCUGUGGUGUGUUUUCCGUCUGGCCGGGAUGACUGGAAGGGAAGGUGGAUUCAGUGCUUUUAAUCAGCUUAAAAUGGCUCGUUUCACGAUUGUGGAUGGGAAGAUGGGGAAAGGAGUCAGCUUCAAAGACGUGGCAGGAAUGCACGAAGCCAAACUGGAAGUCCGUGAGUUCGUGGAUUAUCUGAAGAGCCCAGAACGCUACCUCCAGCUUGGCGCCAAGGUCCCAAAGGGCGCACUGCUGCUCGGCCCCCCCGGCUGUGGGAAGACGCUGCUGGCCAAGGCAGUGGCCACGGAGGCUCAGGUGCCCUUCCUGGCGAUGGCCGGCCCAGAGUUUGUGGAGGUCAUUGGAGGCCUCGGCGCUGCCCGCGUGCGGAGCCUCUUCAAGGAAGCCCGAGCCCGGGCUCCCUGCAUCGUCUACAUCGAUGAGAUCGACGCGGUGGGCAAGAAGCGCUCCACCACCAUGUCCAGCUUCUCCAACACGGAGGAGGAGCAGACGCUCAACCAGCUUCUGGUAGAAAUGGAUGGAAUGGGUACCACAGACCAUGUCAUUGUCCUGGCGUCCACGAACCGAGCUGACAUUUUGGACGGUGCUCUGAUGAGGCCAGGCCGACUGGACCGGCACGUGUUCAUUGAUCUUCCCACGCUGCAGGAGAGGAGGGAGAUUUUUGAGCAGCACCUGAAGAGCCUGAAGCUGACCCAGUCCAGCACCUUUUACUCCCAGCGUCUGGCAGAGCUGACACCAGGAUUCAGUGGGGCUGACAUCGCCAACAUCUGCAAUGAGGCUGCGCUGCACGCGGCGCGGGAGGGACACACUUCCGUGCACACUCUCAACUUCGAGUACGCCGUGGAGCGCGUCCUUGCAGGGACUGCCAAAAAGAGCAAGAUCCUGUCCAAGGAAGAACAGAAAGUGGUUGCGUUUCAUGAGUCGGGCCACGCCUUGGUGGGCUGGAUGCUGGAGCACACGGAGGCCGUGAUGAAGGUCUCCAUAGCCCCUCGGACAAACGCCGCCCUGGGCUUUGCUCAGAUGCUCCCCAGAGACCAGCACCUCUUCACCAAGGAGCAGCUGUUUGAGCGGAUGUGCAUGGCCCUGGGGGGGCGGGCCUCGGAAGCGCUGUCCUUCAACAAGGUCACUUCCGGGGCACAGGACGACCUGAGGAAGGUCACCCGCAUUGCCUACUCCAUGGUGAAGCAGUUUGGGAUGGCACCUGGCAUCGGGCCCAUCUCCUUCCCUGAGGCACAGGAGGGACUCAUGGGCAUCGGGCGGCGCCCCUUCAGCCAAGGCCUGCAGCAGAUGAUGGACCAUGAAGCAAGACUGCUGGUGGCCAAGGCCUACAGACACACCGAGAAGGUGCUGCAGGACAACCUGGGCAAGCUGCAGGCGCUGGCAAACGCCCUUCUGGAAAAGGAAGUGAUAAACUAUGAGGACAUUGAGGCUCUCAUUGGCCCGCCGCCCCAUGGGCCGAAGAAAAUGAUCGCGCCGCAGAGGUGGAUCGACGCCCAGAGGGAGAAACAGGACUUGGGAGAGGAGGAGACCGAAGAGACCCAGCAGCCCCCACUUGGAGGCGAAGAGCCGACUUGGCCCAAGUAGUUGGGACGUGUUGGUCGCACGUGCGGGUGGUCCGGGAAGUGAGGGCUUACUCAGCCACCGUGAGUUGCUUUUCAGCGGAGGUUUGCCCUUCCUCUCGCGGCCCUCAGUAGUCCCUGCACAGCGACUUCUGAGAUCUGUUUACUGAUUACCCUUUUCAUGAUUUUAAGUUUCUCUGCAGAAACUACUGACGGAGUCUUGUGUUUGUGAGUCGUUUCCCCUAUGGGGAAGGUUAUCAGUGCUUUCCCAAGUGAGCAUGGAACACCUCGAGUUCCCAGGGUUAUAGACAGUCGUUCCCAGUGUGGCUGAGGCCACCCAGAGGCAGCAGAGCAUUCAGACUCCGAACAGACCCCUGUUCAUGCCGACGCUUGCAUGGCCGCCCCAGUUCCUGUGGCUCCCUCGGAAUGCUAAGGGGAUCGGACAUGAAAGGACCCUGUGAGCCGAUUGUUGUAUCUCCAGCGGCCCUGUCAUGCAGCUCACUCAUCAAUGGGGCCACAGUCAGGCCCAGGCAGUGGGCUCCAGAGGA